AUGAUGACAAAGCUCAGCCCUAUUGCAGUCCUUGCUGUGUCGCUGUCUCUCGUGUCAGCGCAGACCUACCAGCGGCUCGGAACCUGUCCAGACCUUGGCUGCGUCCUGCCGCCCGACCAGUCGGACUUCCUCCCCGGUCAGCUCUUCGACCUCCGUGUCGAGGUCCAUGCGCCCGUAAACGGCUCUGAGGCCUUCAACAACGGCGUCCCCGAUGAGUCCUUCACGGUCAGCAUCGCAAAGGAGGGCGCCGAGGCCAAGAGCCUGGCCGACUUCUUCGGUGUCGAGGAGCCCGAGCUCGAGAAGUGGUCUUUCGGUUGGUACGAGGACCUCUUCGCCGAGGACGCGAAGCAGAAAAGCAUGGUCAAUGUGGCCUCCAAGAUAUGGCGCCACAUCAGUCUGUACGAGCCCGGCAACUACGAGGUCAUUCUCAAGUACUACGAUGGCAGGACCACCACCGCCAACUGGGUUGUGCGACCUUUGGCGACGGAGAAGAAGGCCAAGAACGUCAUCUUCUUCAUCGGUGACGGCAUGACCACAAACAUGGUCACUGCCGCCCGUCUCCUCGGUCACAAGAGUGUCAACGGAAAGUACCAGACCACCCUGGCUCUGGACAAGUUCCCUGUCCUCGGCCACCAGAUGACGCAUUCCAUCGACAGCUACAUCACCGACUCUGCCAACUCUGCGUCUGCGCUGUACUCUGGCCACAAGAGCACCGUUAACGCCAUGGGUGUCUACGCCGACUCUUCUCCCGACGCCUUCGACGACCCCAAGGUCGAGACCAUUGUUGAGCUGAUUCACCGUAUCUGGGGUUCCGCCUGGGGUGCCGUCUCUACCGCUUUCAUUGCCGACGCCACUCCCAUUGCCCUGACCGCGCACACCCGAUCCCGCUCCCUGUACGGACCCCUGAUUGAUCAGGCCCUUAACGGUCUCACCAACUACACUUGGACCAAAAUGAACGGUCCCGAUGUCUACCUUGGCGGCGGUGCCGAGCAGUUCUACCCCGGCACGGGCUCUUACCAGGGCAAGAACUACUAUGAGGAGUUCGCCAACAAGGGCUAUACCGUCGCCCUUAACAAGACCUCCCUCGAGGCUGCCAGCGCCAACGAGAAGCUCCUCGGGAUCUUCACCCAGGGCAACCUUCCCGUCUGGCUCGACCGCAACGUUCUCACCGAGAAUCUGGGGGAGCUCACCAAUGAUCCCAGUGGCAACGAGAGCGCUGCCCUUGACAUCCCCGGCCUCAAGGAGAUGACCCUUAAGGCUGUCGAGACCCUCCAUAACCGUGGCGGUGACAAGGGUUUCUUCUUGAUGUCCGAGGCUGCCUCCAUCGACAAGCAGAUGCACGCCCUCGACUAUGACCGCGCUCUCGGUGACCUUCUGGAGCUCGACGACACCGUCAAGGCCACUAUUGAGAAGCUUGAGGAGCUCGGUAUUCUCGAGGACACUCUGGUCGUUGUCUCCUCCGACCAUGGCCACGGAUUCGAUGUCUUUGGAAACGCCGACACAAAGUACCUCGCCGAGCAGGAGGACGACCGCACCAAGCGCAGGGCCGUCGGUGUCUACGCCAACUCUGGUCUGUCCCAGUACACCGUCGAGCAGCCCGGCGUCAGCUACAACACCGGCCCCAACUUCCCCCUGAACUGGAACCCCCGCUACGCCAUCGCCGCCGGUGUCGGUGCCAACCCUGACCGCCGCGAGGACUACAAGUUACACGAGUCCUCCCGUACCCCCGCCGUCCCCGCCACCGACACCUCUGACUACUACGCCAACCCCAAGGAUGCCGUCGAUGGCUUCGUCGUUAACGGCACUCUCCCCACGAACGAGGCCCAGGGCGUCCACUCGCUCACCGACGUCGCCGUCUGGGCCCGCGGCCCCUGCCAGGAGACCUUUGGCGGCACCUACAACAACAUUGACAUCUUUUAUAAGAUGGCCAACUGCCUCGGUCUCGCGCAGCCGCGCAACGGCACGUCUCCCAGCGGCACCAGGCACAGAAGAGCCCUCGAAGCAUAG